AUGGAAGCUCCGUUGGGAGGGAAAACAGCUCAUCAUCAUUUGUAUGGUCCUGUGGUGUCGGAUUUGAAUUUAAAUUUGCAAGCAGUUGGUGUCGGUGUGGGCAAGAGGACCAUGGAAUGGGAUUUGAAUGAUUGGAAAUGGGAUGGUGACUUGUUUACUGCUACCCCUCUUAGUCUUGCCCCAUCGGAUUGUAGAAGCAGGCAAUUGUUUCCAUUAGGGUCAUCAGAGAUUAUACCCACAAACACUAGGGUUUCCAACAAUAGUUUUUCAUCUGAUUCCGAUGAAAUUAUUAUUAUGAGAAACGUAAAUGGUGGUGAUAAGGGAAAGAAGAGGAGGGGCGGUUUCGAUUGCGGAGACGAUGACGAAGAGUUGAACAACGAUGAAGCUGCUGUUGGAUCAUCAUCCCUUCAUUUGAAGCUCGGUGGAGAAGUGUAUUCUAUUGGAGAAGGUAAUGCUUACCCAAAGAAUGGAAAGAAGACCAAAGUUAUGGGGCAUUCUUCGACAAGCAAUCGUGCUGUUUGCCAAGUUCAAGACUGUCGAGCUGAUUUGAGCAAUGCGAAAGACUAUCACAGGCGACAUAAAGUUUGUGAUGUCCAUUCCAAGGCAGUAAAAGCUUUGGUUGGGAAUGUAAUGCAGCGGUUUUGUCAACAAUGCAGCAGGUUUCACGUACUUCAAGAGUUUGAUGAAGGUAAGAGAAGUUGUCGCAGGCGUCUAGCUGGCCAUAACCGACGAAGAAGGAAGACUCACCCAGAAAAUGGAGAAACCGGUGGGAUCCAGUUGAAUGAUGAUGGGGGUAGUAAUUAUCUGUUAAUUAGUUUGCUUAGGAUUCUCUCCAAUAUACAUUCAACUAAUGAAUCGGAUCAAGCAAAAGAUCAAGACUUACUGUCUCAUCUCCUGAGAAGCCUGGCUGGUCUUGCGGAUAUCCUCAAUGAGAGAAAUUUGACCAGCCUAUUGUCAGCGUCACAAGAUUUGAGGAAUGCAGGGCCAUCUGUUAUGAUUAAUCCAGGAAAGUCCCCUACAGCCGCAUUGCCUCUCACCCCUUUGGCUGAGAAAACAUUACUUAGAGACGAUGAUCAAAGUGGAAUUGUCAUGGCAAAGAGUACCAGCUUGACUAGAGAAGAAUCUUUGGGUGCGACAGUUGUGAAGGCGAAGAUGAAUAACAUUGACUUAAAUAAUGUAUAUGAUGAUUCUGAAGAUUGUAUGGAAAGUGCACAGGGUUCUGAUGGCCCAAUAAUUUUUGGAAAAACCUCGCCUAGUUGGAUGUAUCAAGACCCUAACAAGUAUAGCCCGCCUCAGGCCAGUGGGAACUCGGGUUCUACAUCUACUUUGUCUCCUUCUAGUUCCAGUGGAGAGGCUCAGAGUCGGACUGAUCGAAUUGUGUUCAAACUCUUUGGAAAAGAUCCAAGUGAUUUUCCUAAUGUCCUCAGGCAACAGAUUCUUGAUUGGUUAUCAAACAGUCCUACUGACAUUGAAAGCUACAUUAGACCUGGUUGUGUCAUUUUAACAGUCUACUUACGGAUGGAUAAAGGCAAGUGGGAUGAGCUAUUUUUUGAUUUUAGCGAUAGAUUGAAUAAACUUCUUGCGUUGGGGGAUUAUUUUUGGAAAACGGGAUGGAUAUAUACUCGUGUGUUGCAUCGAGUGGCUUUUAUAUACGAUGGCCACAUUGUACUAGACACACCAUUGCCGCAUCAGAAGGUUUGCAGGGUAGUGACUGUUAAGCCAAUUGCUGUUUGUGCUUCGACUGAAGUGGAAUUUUCAGUUAAGGGGAUCAAUUUAUCUUUUUCUACAACAAGGUUGUUAUGUGCAAUAGAGGGAAAAUACCUGGUCCAUGAGCGGUGUGCUGAUGCAUAUGAUGAGCAUGCUGAGACACGGAUUCUUAGCUUCACUUGCACAAUACCUGACGUUACAGGAAGGGGAUUUAUAGAGAUUGAGGAUCAUGGAUUGAGCAGCAGCUUCUUUCCAUUUAUAGUCGCAGAGACGGAUGUUUGUUCUGAAAUUCGUACACUUGAGAGUAUCAUUGAGGCUGUUGAACUGUCUGCUGGUGAUGGUUUACAAGGAAGCAAUGAAAGCUUAGAAGCCAGGGAUCUGGCACUGGACUUCAUACAUGAGAUGGGCUGGCUCCUUCACAGAUAUCGGUUGAGGUCGAGAUUAGGUCACUUGCAUCCUAACUCGGGCAAUCCAUUUCCUUUCCAACGGUUCAGAUGGCUCUUGGAAUACUCAAUGGAACAUGAUUGGUGUGCAGUAGUUAAGAUGCUUUUGAAUGUACUGUUCAGCAACGACAUAAUUAAGAAUGAUGAGAACGAGAAACACUCUACUGUGGAAGAGGCAUUACUGGACGUUGGAUUGCUUCAUAGAGCUGUUCGGAGAAAUUGUAGAUCAAUGGUUGAAGUGUUACUAAGAUACCGUCCGAUUGGAGGUUUGAAUACAACUGGUUCAGCUGCUGCACAGAACUAUUUAUUCAGGCCUGAUGCAAAAGGCCCCGGGGGAUUGACUCCCCUUCACAUAGCCGCUGGUCGUGAUGGGGCUGAACAUAUAUUGGAUGCAUUAACAGAUGAUCCUGGAACGGUGGGACUUGAAGCAUGGAGAAGUGCCCGGGACAGUACAGGAUUGACGCCAAAUGAUUAUGCGUGCUUGCGAGGGCACUACUCUUAUAUCCAUUUGGUACAAAAGAAAAUUGGUAAAAUGUCUGCACACAAAAAGCCGCAUGUCGUCGUUGACAUUCCUCCGGAGAACACCAUCACGAAGCAAAAAGCAGAUAGUGACUUUAAGUCAAAGAAUAAAGUUGUGACCGGCCUUGAGACAGAGAUGACUCUGGCAAGACCAAGUCAAGCAGCAAGCUGUCGGCAGUGUGAGCAAAAACUGGCAUACGGAAGGAUAAGAACCUCGCUAUCCAUUUAUAAGCCCGCAAUGCUCUCCAUGGUGGCCAUUGCAGCAGUUUGCGUGUGUGUCGCCUUAUUGUUCAAGAGUUCUCCUGAAGUGGUAUAUGUGUUUCGUCCGUUCAGGUGGGAAAAUUUGGAGUAUGGAUCUAGCUAA